ACCUAUUACCCUUCUUUUCCAAUUCAGGUAAAACCCGCUCAAAUGUUAUAUGUCGGUCGAAUAUCCCCUAAUAUAAUCAAUUCGAGAUUGGUAGGAUAUUCGAGAUGAUGGGUUAUUUGUUAUCCUUCGCAUCAAUGCAUCAUGAUUAAUGACAUUGAUAAGUGAAAAAGCAUUUGCAUGAUGUUAAGUCAUUGGAUGCACGUUAUGGUAUAAUUUACAUCACCUAAUCAUGCUUCUGAUGAUCGGAGCGCUUGAUUUAAUGGCAAAUGAUAGCGGGAUUGCUCUAUCAGAUAUUAUCUCGUCACAUAUCCUCAUAUAAUUUUAUGCUGUUAGAUGGAAACAUUUAUGUUAUUUACAAAAAUAUCUUUGAUUCUAACUAUCUAAAUUAUACCAACAAACCAUCCUACAAUAUCAGUCCUACACACACCCACUUCAGCAUUCUAUCCGAAUUUAUGGAACCCCGCGCAAUUUGUGGGAAGAAAUUGACAGGCUGCAGUUACUAUUCUCGAAGAAGAGCUUGCAAGAUAGAGAGAGCGCAAGUGAGCAACAUGUUAGCCUCUCAUAACUUCCUGAUUCCUGUGAGGAAUAUUAUCAAACAAGUGGUAUGCAUUGCAAUACCAAUGUACGGCCGCCUGUUUUUUUCACAGAAAUAGGGAAGCAAAACUAAUGACCAUCUUUUUCCACCAAUGAGCAGAGCCAUGUGAACCCCCAAUUGAUGGUUAUGGACACUCAUAGGGCCCCUAACAGAACCCUCAUUUGCUGACCUUGCAGCUCCACUUGCCUUCCAUCUUUCUAACUGGCAAAGCAUGGCACUCCACUCCCACACUUCACUUCACUCUCCCCUGCCUCACAACCACCAUUAUAAAUAGCCAUCAAGCACCUCCUCAUCAGAAUAUUCAGCAGCAGAUUCAAACACCACCCAGUUACCAAAACAGAACAAACUUCAAUCUAAACCCACAAAGUUACCAACUUUAGCCAAAAAUCAGUCAUGGGUAUUGGUCGAUUCGCGUCAACGGUGCUCAAUGUGAAGCAUAAGAUCAAGGGGAAGUCUCUGAUCCACCAUCACCACUGCAGUGACCAUCAUCAACAGAGUCAGAAUCAAAGUCUCAGUGUGCCAAAGGGGCAUGUUGCAGUUUAUGUUGGGGAGGUGGAGAUGAUGAUGAAGAGAUUCGUGGUGCCGAUUUCGUACUUGAGCCAUCCUACAUUCCAAGCCUUGCUUAGAAAAGCUGAGGAAGAGUUUGGAUUUGAUCCUCCCAUGGGUGGCCUCACCAUCCCUUGUAGAGAGGAUGCCUUCAUUGAUCUCAUGGCUUCUCAUUUACAUUGACUAGUUUAGUUCCCACUUGUGAAUGAUGAUGAUGAUGGAAACCCACCACAUUUUUUCAUGUGUGGCUUAGCUAGGAGUUGUAAUUAGCAAGUUUUGUAGUAAUGAAAUAUCCAUCCUCUUUUUGUAUAAAAGUUUCAAGCUUCUCCAUGUUGUUUCCUUCUUGAGCUCAUGACUUCGCCUAAUCCUGACAUUCGAAUGCUAAUUACAUAUAACUCAUUUAGGUUCUCACACAUAUUGAUAGAGUUUGUUAAAGUUUAACUUAAACAAGCACAUAGUUAAGUGAUUGGUUUAUAAUUAGGAAUGGUAAUGGGCAUAUGAGUCAAUGAUGAUCUAUUUUUAGAUGUGAUGAGAAGAAAACAUGUGAAACAUAUUUAUCUUUAUAUAAAAAAAUAACAUUUUACUAAAUACGAAGGAAGAUCAUUAAAUGACUGGUGAAUCGGAAUUAGAUGAAAGUUCAUGCUAUAUUGUAGCUAUGUAGUUAUAUAGCUCAUAAAAGAGUCAAAAUAGUAUUCAUAUAAGCAAAUAUUAGCAAGAAAUAAAUUAUAACGAAUGAGACAAAAUUAGGCAGAUAAAAAUAAGAAUUACUCCUCAUUUCACUCUAUUAGGGAUUGGAAUAUUUUGAAUUAUGCCAAUGGGUUUAAGUUGUCGUCCCUAAUACCAAUAUGAGCACUAUAUUAAGUGAUUGCUUAUAGGAUUGUAUAAAAAACAAUAUAAUUAAAAUUUUAACUUAAACUAGGUAUUUUAUUAUUUUGUCUAAAAAAAAUGCAGUCAAAAUCGUGAUUUAAAAGGUUAAACUUUUACUUUUUUAGAUCACCAAAACGCUUCUACGUCAAAUCUUGAUUUUCUCUUACAAAUGUAGUCAAAAUCUACUCUUUACAGCGUAAAAGCUUACGGUUUUACGCUUCUAGAUCACCCAACCGUUUCUACAUAAAAUCGCGCUUUUAACUGCAUUGCUAAAAAGUCAGUUUUUUUGGGCGGAGCAAAAUGGCAUUAUUGAUUCCCCAAUUCUUAAAAACAGUUUGUAGUUUUCCAACUCAUCAUGUGAUUCACAAUUGACUGGGAAUAAGUAAUUAGUUCAUUCAGAUUUCAGUUUGAUUAGAUCAUUAUUUAUAAGGGGAAUAAAAUGUGAUUAUUGAUCAAAUAAGUUUGAUGAUUAAAAAAGUUACGAUUUUUUCCAAUAGAAUGUACACAUAGUAGCAAUAAUGAAUCUAUUAAGCAAAUUUAAGUUAGCUAGUUUUUUGUGCUACAAUUGCACUAAAUCUUCCAUGCUACAACCCUGUGCAUACAACACAUCACAACAUUUGAAAAUAUGAUAUACGUACACCUGUGAACCCUAUAUGAAAAGUCUGUAACAUUUCACAAGGCUUUUAUCCUGUACAAUGAUAAACAGGGAAUAAUAAGGCGAGUGUGAAUUAAAUAACUUUGUUUGGAUCUUUAUUUAACGGUUAAAAAGAUGAGUAUUUAGGAUGAAAAAUAAUAUAAGUUUUGUGUUUGGACAAGCAUAGAGGUUGGCGGAUGUGGGUGCAAUCUAGAAGAGGAUAUGAAGUCUUCGAUGUAAUUAUGCACGAAAAAAACUCAAAUCAUCAAGACAAUCAAUCGAAACUUCUAUAACAUUUAAAGUUAUUUACCCAUGCACGGAGUCGACGAAUCGCACUCUCUCUAUAGCCGGCCAAACGUGCAGGCAUGCAGAGUAGUACCUUAGCCUACCACCCUCUCACACUUAUGAAACCUCAUGCCAGCUUUAUACGAAAGACUCACAGGUGGGUCCUUGAAAACGUACGGCUUUUGACCGUCUUUCUUCACAGAUUGUCAGAUAUCGGGUGGAGAUGACCAAAUUCCAAACCUCCAAUCGAGAAUCUCACCGACUAUCUUGAGUUUCCAAAUGCGAAAUCUGUUUUUUCUGACCACAAUCUUAUUACCACCAGUGUGUUUAUCAUUCCUAAAUGGAAAAAUAUUCUGUGACAAUGGCUAGCCAUGAACUCAAUUUGAUCGGUACAACAAUCACCUAAUAAAUAUGGCAAGCCAUUGAAGCCAAUCGUUAUACAGCUAUUGGAGUGGAAUUAUAAAUUAUUGACGUCUUCAUCAGCAAUUAAUAAACGCUGAGGAAACAACAAUUGGGUUCAGAAAUUAUGGAGAAGAUAGCAAGUGAAAGUGGAUGCAUGGCUUGCUUUUGCUUACAUCAUUUGAGAGAAUACCAUUACCACCACCAGGCUGCUGCAUGCGCCCUCUGUUUUGCAGAUUUAUUAAACUGAUCCAAAAGGUUCUUCCUUGGAUGAUGUCAAAUUUCCCAUUCCUGCGUUUAUUUUAUAAAUAUUUGAUUUCCAAGAUAGCUGGCGCAGAAUCAAAUACAAUACAAUUCAAUUCCCAGGCGGAGAAAGUGCUGAAAAUCACAUGCAACCAUGAUCGGUACUCGGUUUUGCUGAGCUAGUCAAUCAAUCAUAUACUCCCAUGUGACAAAGCGAAAAGCACAGAGCUUCAUCAAUUAUCCUUGCUUAAUUAAUUGGUUCACAUUACUGCAAAUGAUUAAUUAACUAACUAAAAGUUGUGCUAACAUUUAAAAUGAAAUCAUUUUGUAUGUAAUAGGGUCUCAUCUUAAUAGAUUUCUCAUAGGAAUCUCACCACGUACUUCCAAGAAAGAUGGAUGCCAAAUAUUGCAAAAGUCGCGGUGAUCACACUCCAUAAUCAUUCGAUCAAGAAGUAAACACACAAGGAUACCUAGAAAGGUGGGGGGGAAAAGACAUAAUUCGAGCAUCUUCAUGGGAAAUUUCUUUCAUCUUUAAAGCCUCUUCUUAUGUAUUAGAAGUGUAUCAUGCCAACGAUUUUGUAAUCAAUACGCACACGGCACAUCAAAGUCUCUUCUUAUGUUAGCACAUCAUCUAAAAUAAAGCAUUUACGUUAUAUGCCCGAUGAUUAAUACCCAAUAGUGGUGGUUCCUGGAAAAAAAAAAGUAAUUCAUCACAAACGUAUCAUAAAAUAUGAAAUAUGUGGACACUGAAAAAUAAACAAAACAGUCUGACUCAACCACCGGUUCUCUAACAAACCUUUCGGGUUUCACAUGAUCUACAUUAUCCUCGGCUUAAUAUCUUCAUAAACUAAAAAACAUAAUAAAAGAAAAUUUGAUAUUCAAG